ACCACACAAGUUGUAGUUGAACAUGAAGGUGCUGAGUCUGCGGAACUGAUAGCACUGGUUGGUGAUCGGACAGAGACUGUCUGCCCAACGACAGAGUACAUUGACACCUUGGCCUCGGCUUGGUUUGGAAACGACUGCAAAAGGGGUUGGAAGAUCGACAACGCCAGUGGCGAACCACGUGCACACGCCAUUGAUUACCUCACCCAACGGCACAUGAACACCAACGACUGUGUGGUUGUGGACGCAUACUACGCCGUGUAUCUGUGGGUGGGCUCUAACGCACGACACAGUGACAUGACUCAGGCCAUACGCCUGGCCAAGGAUGUGUGCGAUCUCGUACAGAGUGAUCCCAGGCGCAAUGUUCAUGGCUGCUUCAAAACCAUGAUUGUAACUGAGCACACACUCAGCGACGGCUUCAAAGCACUGUUCCCUCGCUGGACAGCAAACACACCCAUCACAGCUACAAGUGACGACGAGACGACAGUCGUUGAUCGCAGGACGGAUGUAAGAAGGUUAACGACGUUGCAAAACAUUUACGACAGCUACGAAGAGCUCUUCCAGGUCAAGACAUACAGCAUCGAAGAUAUGAAAUGUUAUCAGAGGACGUAG